AUGUCUAGAUCAGUGUUACAGAAAUCUGUCACAGUGCCAGGUGUUAGUGAUUGUAGUCACAUUUCCCGUGUAACAUCAGACCGGGUCUGGAUCAGCGAUGAAGAAAAUCUCGUCUUGACAAACACAGCAGGUGAUAAACUACAUCAUCUGACAGAUAUAGUUAGUUAUUAUGGAGGACACACUGUGAACGGUGAUGGUGAUUUAAUUUAUAUAGACAGUCACGGUAACAUCAACAAACUGUCUACAGAUAACAAAGUAAAGACUACAUUAAUAGAGUACACAGCAUCAUGGUAUCCACAGUGUGUCUACAGCUCCCCCUUCACUGGAGACCUGCUAGUCGGGAUGUAUAAUGAUGAAUUAAAAUAUGCAGAAGGCCAGUUAGUCCGGUAUAACUCCACAGGAGAACACAUCCAGACCAUACAGUACGACCAAAACAACACAGGUGAGGAACUGUAUAGGGAUCCUGGAUACAUCACAGAGAACCGCAAUGGAGAUGUUAUUGUGUCUGACUUGUACCGUGUUGUGGUGACAGAUCGUGGAGGGAGUCAUCGCUUCUUCUACACAGGACCUCCAUCAGGAUCAGGACUAUUUCCACAAGGAAUCUGUACUGACGCGCUGUCACACAUCCUGGUGUGUGAUCAUUACACCAAGUCAGUACAGAUGUUAGACAGUGAUGGUCACUUCCUGUCACUGAUACAGACAUCACCAUACGGGAUAGACACACCACAGGGCCUGACUUAUGAUGAUAACACACACCUACUGUGGGUAGGGUCAUUCAUCAACAACACAGUAAAAAUAUACAGAGUGAUAGACAGAGACUCUCUGAUUGUGAAAAAACUAAAGGGAAAAGUGGACAGAGCAUGGAAUGAAGUAGAGGAUGUCUUAGUAACUUCAGGCUCGUGUGAAAAAGACUUCAGAAAAAUAAGGGAAGUAGAACGAUUACUCAAUGUGAAAUUUAAAGAAUUUUGUAUUGUCUCAGAAGAUUACAAGAAAUAUCUUGAUUCUCAAAACACUGAAGAUGCUCGCAAUAUGUGGAAAGAAUUUGAUAUGUUUGUGAACAAGUGUAUUUCAAUAGUGAAGAAAACAAGUAAUGAACUUGAAACAACAAAAUUUAAAUUACUGGAAACAUUAUCUCAUGUGUCAAGUUCGAGCAGUCUUCAGAUAGCUAAAGCACAAGCUGAAAAGGCCAAACUAGAACUUAUUAAAAAAGAGGGUGAACUUUUAAAACAAAAGACCGACAUUGAAACAAAAAUAAGCAUUGUUCGACAAGAAAAAGAAAUUCUCUCAGCGGAAGCAGAUUUAUCAGAAGAAAAUAAAAUAGAUCUUCCAGUUUCUACAAAAGAACAAUUGACCAGUGCUUAUAUAAUGAACCAUCAUUCUGCAAAUACUGGUAUUGACAACGUUCAACAAAAUCAACCAAGCUUUGAACAAAACCCAUCAAACACAAUACACAACCCACCCACCAGUGUGUAUAAUCCUGCGAGUGCCUAUCAACUUCCUGUCUCUCAAACUUAG